GUGUGUGACUGGGUUGAGAGAGUGACGAUUAUUUAAUACCCAAAGGCAAGGAUUGCGUGAAACGUGAUUCUCUCUCUAUCUCUGCGGCGAGGAAAGAGGAGGAGGCCCGCCCUAGGUGUCCAGAGAGUAUUGAUUGAUUACGCACAAAAAUGAAGGGUGCGGUUCUCGUUGCUAUCGCUGCUUCCAUCGGAAACUUUCUCCAAGGAUGGGACAAUGCUACUAUCGCCGGUUCCGUUCUUUACAUUAAGAAGGACCUUGCUUUGCAAACAACUAUGGAAGGACUUGUGGUGGCCAUGUCACUAAUUGGAGCAACGGUGAUCACAACAUGCUCUGGCCCUAUUUCGGAUUGGCUUGGUCGCCGACCGAUGUUGAUAAUCUCAUCGGUGCUGUAUUUCUUGAGUGGUUUGGUAAUGUUGUGGUCCCCUAAUGUGUAUGUGCUGUGCUUAGGAAGGCUGCUGGAUGGAUUUGGGAUUGGUCUUGCUGUUACUCUUGUCCCGGUUUAUAUAUCGGAGACCGCUCCGUCUGAAAUAAGGGGAUCGUUGAAUACACUUCCUCAGUUCAGUGGUUCAGGAGGCAUGUUUAUAUCUUAUUGUAUGGUUUUUGGAAUGUCGUUGACUACCGCGCCUAGCUGGAGAUUAAUGCUUGGGGUUCUUUCUAUUCCUUCACUCUUCUAUUUUGUACUAACGGUCUUUUUCUUGCCGGAGUCUCCUCGGUGGUUGGUGAGCAAAGGCAAGAUGUUGGAGGCUAAAAAGGUUCUCCAAAGAUUACGCGGAAGGGAGGAUGUGUCAGGUGAGAUGGCAUUACUAGUUGAAGGUCUCGGGACUGGAGGUGAUACAUCUAUAGAAGAGUACAUACUAGGCCCUGCUGAUGAGGUGUUGGAUGGCCAGGAACAAACAACGGAGAAGGAUAAAAUCCGAUUAUACGGAUCCCAAGCAGGUCUCUCUUGGAUAGCAAAACCUGUUACUGGACAAAGCUCUAUCGGCCUUGUGUCACGCCAUGGAAGCCUUGCCAAUCAAAGCAUGUCCCUCAUGGAUCCUCUUGUAACCCUGUUUGGUAGCGUUCAUGAGAAGCUCCCUGAUACUGGAGGAAGCAUGCGAAGCACUCUGUUUCCAAAUUUUGGAAGCAUGUUCAGCACAGCCGAACCUCAUAUUAAACCUGAACAGUGGGAUGAAGAGAGCCUACAGAGAGAAGAAGGUGAGGACUACAAUUCAGAUGCUGCUGCUGGGGACUCUGAUGACAAUUUGAACAGUCCUUUAAUCUCACGUCAAACGACAAGCCUUGAAAAAGACAUGCCUCCUCCUCCUUCCCAUGGCAGUAUCCUGAGUAGCAUGAGGCGUCACAGUAGUCUCAUGCAAGGGUCAGGUGAGCCAGUUGAUAGUACAGGUAUUGGUGGCGGCUGGCAGCUGGCAUGGAAAUGGUCUGAUAAAGGUGAGGAUGGGAAACAGAAACCAGGUUUUAAAAGAAUUUAUUUGCAUGAGGAGGCAGUUCCUGGUUCUCGACGUGGAUCCAUUGUAUCAAUUCCUGGUGAAGGCGAAUUUGUCCAGGCUGCUGCCUUGGUGAGCCAACCUGCCCUUUACUCCAGAGAUCUUGUUGGUGGACAUCCAGUUGGGCCUGCAAUGGUUCACCCAUCUGAGACUGCUUCAAAGGCACCUACUUGGAAAGUUCUUCUGGAACCAGGGGUUAAACAUGCAUUGAUUGUUGGGAUUGGAAUACAAUUACUUCAGCAGUUUUCAGGGAUAAAUGGGGUAUUAUAUUACACUCCUCAAAUCCUUGAUGAGGCCGGUGUUGGAGUUCUUCUUGCAGAUGUAGGCCUUAGCUCAGUGUCUUCAUCAUUGCUUAUCAGUGCUUUAACAACCUUGUUGAUGCUUCCUUGCAUAGGUUUAGCCAUGAGGCUCAUGGACCUCUCCGGCAGAAGGACAUUACUACUUACUACAAUCCCAGUGCUGAUAGUGUCACUUAUUCUUUUGAUCAUUGGAAACGUAGUAGACUUUGGCACUGUUGCUCAUGCAAUAAUCUCAACUGUAUGCGUUGUGGUUUAUUUCUGCUUCUUUGUGAUGGCAUAUGGACCAAUUCCAAACAUCCUUUGCUCAGAGAUUUUUCCCACUAGGGUGCGUGGCCUCUGCAUUGCUAUCUGCGCCUUAGUGUUCUGGAUUGGAGACAUCAUUGUCACAUACACGCUGCCCGUGAUGCUCAGCUCUAUGGGACUCGCCGGUGUCUUCGGCCUUUAUGCCAUUGUGUGUUGCAUAUCCUGGGUAUUUGUGUAUCUGAAGGUUCCUGAAACAAAAGGCAUGCCCCUUGAAGUCAUCACUGAAUUCUUUGCUGUUGGUGCAAAACAGGCUGCUUCUGCCAAGAAUGAGUGACAGAAUCCGUUAUAUACCCAUGUAAUUUUAGUUGCUAAAGCCACCAUCUCAAGUAUUUUAUAGAUUUUGCGUGUCAUAAGUUUGUUUGGAGGGGGAUAUAUUCUAGCUCAAGUAUUAUUCUUUCAUAUAAAAAUUUUGAAUUUUGAAUCUGGAAA